AACAUUAGGCCAAACUGAGCUGCCGUAGUGCGUCACAUGUUGAGUAGGGUUUGCUAGUUGAUGCUACUGAAAGCUUGAAAAUAUGUAGCAAGUCAACGGCUGAAACGAAGAAUUAUUGUGAUAACUGUUCUGUGCUUGUCGGAGCGCUGUAUGUUGCUUCGAAAUGGUGUAAUAUUUCCCGUGUAUUUUUGGAUAAAACACACCUGUUAAUGUUGUGUUUAUUCUGACAAGCUAAUGCAGCUAGCCUGUUUGCUAGCAGAAAGAGUUGACAUCUCACCGUUGGCAUCAGGUUAGCUAAUAUUGUCAACAUAGGCGCUAAACUAAAGAGAGCUCCAGAUGCGGCUGAAGGACCCCUUCUCUUUAAAAGCCGCCGAUAUGACUAAGCGGACUAAUAAACCAAGGAAACCCCGAGACGAGGAGUCAUCAGAUGAAGUCAGUGGGUUGACUUGCCAGCACGUGAGUAAGGCAGUGGAUCUGAACUCAGUGAAGAAGUCAGUGCUCUCCAAUGUGUGGCUGGUGUGCUCAGAGUGCCUGAAGGAGAGGACCAUGAUUGAUGCAGAGCCGGUGGCAUCACAUGACAUUGUGGUAUGCUUAAAGUGUGGUUUCCAGCUAUGUAACCAGUCAGGGAUCCAUCAUGCUGUAAAGCACCACCAAGCUGUCCAUCCAGAGUCUCACUGCAUCACUAUCAGCUUGAGCACGUGGAAGGCCUGGUGUUUUGAAUGUAAUGAGGAACUCUCCAUUCACUGCAACAAGAAGGCUUUGGCUCAGACCCUGGACUUUUUGCAAAAGCAUUCUGUCAAGGCAACAUCAGGAGCAUUGCCAAAGAUCAUCAAGUUGCAGGAGGAGCCAUUAGAGUAUACUGACCCACCCAAAGGCAAGAGUCCAGUCAUCAACAGCACCUUGGUCCCUGUUAAAGGCAUAAAUAACCUUGGUAACACCUGCUUCUUCAAUGCCGUUAUGCAGAACCUGUCACAGACGCACAUGCUCAUCGACCUCAUCCAGGAAGUGAAGGAAAAAGGGUACAAGCUGAGGAUCUGCCCUCCUGUUGAGACCAAUCUGAGUCCAUUGACGGUAACGCUGCCUGGUCCAGAGCCCCUGACUUCAGCCAUGUUUCUUUUCCUCCAGAGCAUGAAAGAACCAGGGAAAGGCCCACUCAGUCCCAAGAUCCUCUUCAAUCAGCUCUGCCAGAAGGCUCCACGCUUCAAGGGCUACCAACAACAAGACAGCCAGGAGCUUCUGCACUACCUGAUGGACUCCAUACGAGUAGAGGAAACUAAAAGGGUGAAAGCAGGAAUUCUGAAGGCUUUCAACAAUCCCACUGAGAAAACAGCCGAUGAGGACACCAAACGCCAAGUCAAAGCAUAUGGGAAGGAAGGUGUGAGGAUGAACUUCGUAGACCGCAUCUUUGUAGGCGAGCUGACCAGCACCAUCAUGUGUGAGGAGUGUGAGCAUAUUUCAACAGUGAAGGAGGCAUUCAUUGACAUCUCAUUACCAAUCAUAGAGGAGAGGAUAUCAAAACCAUCCAAUCCUGGCAGGCUGGGGAAGGGCAGCAGAGAGCAGGAUACCCAUGUGACUCAUGCUGACCAUGUCCUUUCCGCAACACAAUCGGUCAACAGAAACACAAGAAAGCUGAGCGGACAGAAGCAGCAGAGCAGGAGGUCUUCAAGCUCUGUGGAGGAGAAGGGAGCAGGCUGCAGUGCGGAGCGGCUAGAGGAGGAGGGCGUAGCAGGUGGAUCAGCCCGUUGUGUCUCAGUUUGCAAGAUGGCUGCUGGUGGCAGUCUAUCAGAUGGCAGUGAAAGAGACUCAGGUGCUCAGGACAGCAGUAAUGAUGCAGACAGCGAGGCCUCAGAGAGCGAGUGGGCCCCACGCACCUCUUCCUCCAGCCACAGCCACGGGCACACAGCCGUGCCGUCGUCCACUUCCGCUCUCACUCCCUCUCCCAUGCCCGUCUCUGCCUCCUCCCCUUCAUCAUCAUCCACCACAAGGCAAGGUGGCACAGUAGAGCAGCUAGUUAACGCAGUGUCUAAAGUCAACCUUGGCUUCACUUCUGGAGACUCUCCCUCUGCACACUGUUCUCCAGACGAGCAGGGAGAAACGCAAUCGCGAGACAACCUCCACCAUCAACACCACCAGGGAGCCUUCCAAGCACUGUCCCACAGUUACACACCCAGCUCCAAGGAGUGCUCCAUCCAGUCCUGCCUUCACCAGUUUACCUCUGUGGAACUGCUGAUGGGCAACAACAAACUGCUUUGUGAGAACUGCACUGAACGUAGACAGAAGCAGCUGCGUAAGAGCAGUUCAACUGAUAAGAAAGUGGAGAAGAUCUACACCAGCGCCAGGAAGCAAAUGCUGAUAUCCUCACUGCCUCCCGUCAUCACAUUACAUCUUAAACGCUUCCAUCAGGCAGGGAUGAACUUACGAAAAGUUAACCGUCAUGUUGAUUUUCCCCUCAUUUUGGAUCUGGCUCCAUUCUGCUCGGCAUCCUGCAAGAACCUGGCAGCUGGUGAGCGUGUCCUAUACAGCCUGUAUGGGAUUGUUGAACAUAGUGGGUCAAUGCGAGGAGGCCACUACACUGCAUAUGUAAAAGUCCGCACACCCCAGAGGAAGACCGAACAGCACCACAAGAACCUGUCAGGUGCAAGGGAUGCUGGCAGCGGCUCCCAGGGCCAGUGGGUGUACAUCAGUGAUACUACCGUGCAGACGGUACCAGAGUCAAGGGUACUCAACUCUCAGGCAUAUUUGCUGUUCUAUGAGGAAAUGCUGUAAUGUGACUAGUGAAAGUAUUUUCCCCCAGAUUUCUGUUUUGCUUAAUAUUGCUUUUGGCACAUGCCUGUACUGCCCCUCUUACUCUGUCUGUGAGUAGGUGCAGAGAAGAAAAGGGAAAGACUUCACUGUAUGUUAACUUGUUUUACAUGAGACGAAUGGUUGUGUUUUUUAGUUCACUGGCAAAUAUAUCUUAGAUAUCUAAAGGAUUAACCACAGGGGUUAAAGUUACUAUUUUCCGCUUUGAUAGACUUUCAUUCAUGUCUCUUGUUUUAAUCCUACCCUUUAAAAAGAGGUUGGGAGAUAAGAGUGUUACUGAACCUGAGCUGUUCUGUUUAUUGUCUUUCUCAAUCAUGUGCCGGAGAUACCUGCAUGAAGGAGUUUCUCUACAGUAACUAAUGGCAAAUAAGCAGAAUUUUCGCAUGCUAAACUGUGCUCAGCACUGACUAGUUGAUGUCAAUAAUGUGUGCAUAUACACACAUGUACGUGUGAAUGAACGAGUGAGCGAGAGACGGGAGAAUGUAGAUUUAAGGUGCUACGUGUAUCAUUGGCACAUCAGUAAACCGUUGUCACAUUAAAUUUGAGUUAGUAUCAUAAUUAGUGUAAUGUAACACUCAUGACCAUCAUGAAGAAGGAUGGCUUCUCUGUCUGCAUUCAACACAAAAGAUUUUUUUUUUGGCUCUGGCUCAGGUUUGUGAAAAAGUGUGCUUGAUGGCUUCUGGCAGAAAGUAGAAGUUAACGAACAUCAAGACAAAAAUGUCUUCAGACAUGUUUUGACUUUUUAGUAAAGAAGAAAUGAAAGAAAGAAGAAUGAUGCAUGAGGACAAGUAUCAAUAUCAUUGGUGACUUGAGCACGAAUAGUACAGUACCAAUGGUGUUAAAUAGUCUCAGCCUUUGUGCUAUUUAUUUAUGGUAAAAAUGAUAACCAAGCUAUCAUAGCUUACAGUAGUUUACAUUAGUUGUGUUUCCAUUAUUUUUAUAUGUAUUUUGAAGUAUUGGAUUUGAAAAAAAUGAUUAAAAAUCUGAAGAUUUCAAGAAGGCUUCCUCAGUUUUGCAAAAACCUUUUUACAUUAGUAUAAGGUUGUUUUUGCCUUAAAAAAAAAAAGUUAAAGCACUUAAUUGGAAACACUUUAUCCAAAUAAGUUCUGAUAUAGUGACCAUUUAACUCACAUGACUGAUCAGCUGUGUCCACCCUGUGAUGAAACUAUGCUUUGUGUAGCGUAGUUUAUUCUCUCCCAAUCAGUUGCAUUUUCUUUUUUUGUGACAGUUCAAAAGUUUGCUUCAGAUUUGCUUGACAAUUAAAAACAUAACUACUAUGACAUACUGGUUUAAAUAACUGACAUAGCACCUUUAAGGAACAGCACAACAGUUAUUCUGCAGACAACUUUUAAUGGAUUGUUCUUUUUGAACUUCAGAAUGUAUAAAUAUAAGACUAUCAGUGAUUUAUGUUUGCCAAAGAUGAGUUUUGCAGCUGCAAGUCAGAUCAGGAAAUCAGAGCCAAACACAUAGGAGUUUACUUCACACAGAGUUUCUUUAACAUCGGUUCUCUCAAGGUCAUCAGCGUGGUUCUUGAGUGACAUGGUGCACACAUACUCGAUGUUUAUCAGACCAACAGCGCACCUUGACUGCCUUCAUUGUAUUUCAGCUCUACCAUAACCGUGUAGGUGCACAUACAAACCCAUUCAAAUGUUCAACAGAGUAAGUGCUGUGACCCACUGACUUAUAAUUCCAGUACGAUCAGUAGGUUGAGCAAAACCUAAUUAUAAAAAACGCAAAGGCUUUAAGCCUGACUAGAAAAAACAUCUUUGCUGUAAUGUGCAUGGGUUAAUGAUUGUAUUGCCUAUUCUUGAAUUGUCUAUGUGAAAAGAGCUGUUCAUCCUUUUCUAUGAAAGUAUUUUAGAUGAAAACCUUUCUCCUGCUGGUUGGACAUUUGCCAAAACAGUAGAAGGGAAAGGGUUGAACACAUGAAUCAGAAUCUAGAGGUUUAUUGUUUUGUUUUGAAACGAGGACAAAUUCAGUGCCUAUGCUUCAGGUUUAAAAACAUGCAUAGUCAAAUGCAAAGAGGGAUAUGUGUGGCAUAUUUAUGUACAGUAGAACUUACUGUAAGCAAAAAUAAUGAGUAUGUAAUUGUACAUUCUAGAAACAAUACAAACUCAUGGUGCUUCUGGCGUGCAGGGUUUUUCCUCCAGACAGAAUUGUUUCCAAAAAAAUCAUUUAAUUUCAUUUAUGAAAUGGUAAAAAUUUGGAAUGAGUAUAACUACAUCCUGUAUGAUAAAUAAUAAAUAAAUAAAUCUAAUUUAAGCACU